AUGGCUUAUACAUCAAGCUUCUGGAGCAAUAUUCAUAAUUAUUGUGUAGCAGCUGUAAUGCUGUUUUUAUCGAUCAGCAUGUCGUUGUCGCAGUCAUCUAACGCAGCGGCAGUUAGCUACAAUGUGAUGAAGUUUGGUGCACAAGCAGAUGGGACGACAGACUCGACGCAAGCAUUCGUCAAGGCAUGGGCGUCGGCGUGCAGCUCCGGCCAGGGCAAUGCUGUUGUGUACAUCCCCAAAGGAAGAUUCUUGUUGAAGGCUGUGGUGUUUAGAGGUCCAUGCAAGAACAGACAAGUUACAGUCCAAAUAGACGGAACCCUUGUAGCCCCCACAGACUAUAGGGCUUUGGGAAACUCAGGCUACUGGAUUUUAUUCAUUAAGGUCACCGGACUUAGGGUCCUCGGUGGUUCCCUCGACGCCAGGGGGGCUGCAUUUUGGGCUUGCAGGAAAUCCGGCAAGAGUUGUCCUGUUGGAGCUAGGUCUAUAACGUUCAACUGGGCAAACAAGGUUCUGGUAAGUGGUUUAACAUCGAUCAACAGUCAGGCAACCCACCUUGUAGUCAACAGCUGCAACAAUGUGGUCAUUCGAAACGUGAAGCUGAUCGCUCCGAGCGAAAGCCCCAACACAGAUGGUAUUCAUGUGCAGAGCUCUACCGGUGUCACCAUAACCGGCAGCAUCUUGCAAACCGGAGACGAUUGCAUAGCAAUCGGUCCCGGCACCAGAAACCUCCAUAUGAGCAACAUCAAGUGUGGUCCAGGCCAUGGUGUAAGCAUUGGAAGCCUAGGCAGGAAUCUCCAGGAAGAUGGCGUCCAAAAUGUAACCCUAACGAAUGCAGUGUUCAGUGGAUCAGACAAUGGAGUACGAAUAAAGUCAUGGGCCAGGCCCAGUACUGGCUUCGUUAGGAACAUAAUCUUCCAAAACAUCAUCAUGAGAAACGUGAAAAACCCCAUCAUCAUUGACCAGAAUUAUUGCCCCCGUAACCAAGGCUGUCCUUCUGAGAGUUCAGGUGUGACGAUUAGUCAAGUGACGUACAGAAACAUACAAGGGACGUCGCGAACGGCAGAGGCAGUAACAUUCGACUGCAGCCCAAGCACUCCAUGCACUGGGAUCAGAUUGCUAGAUAUCAAGCUUACGUAUCUGAAUAAGGUUGCCACGUCAUCGUGCAAAAACAUUAGGGGAACCAGCACUGGACUGCUUAUGCCAGAUCCUUGCAUAUAGACAAUCCUAUUAUUAAGGGAAUUAUUUGUGACUUUAAUUUGCGCGUGUCUUGUGUGAUUUUACAAUAUAUCGAUCGAGUUGUAUGAUCGUAUCAAGAAUAAUUACCACUGAUAAAUGGUGAUGGAUGUGCACAC